AUGAACAUUUUCAAGAAGAAGACUACUCCCAAAGAUGCUCUUCGCACCAGUAAGAGAGAAAUGUCUGUGGCAACAAGAGGUAUUGAACGAGAGAUUUCAUCUCUUCAGCUGGAGGAGAAGAGAUUAGUUGCAGAAAUCAAGAAAACUGCUAAAACUGGUAACGAGGCGGCGACAAAGAUCUUAGCACGUCAACUUGUUAGAUUGAGGCAACAGAUUACAAACUUACAAGGAAGCCGUGCUCAAAUCAGAGGUGUAACGACUCACACACAGGCUCUGUAUGCAAGCACUUCGAUCUCUUCUGGUAUGAAAGGUGCAACCAAAGCUAUGGUUGCAAUGAACAAGGCAAUUGAUGAAACACUUGACAAAGAUGAGGCUGAAGAAGAAACAGAAGACCUUACUAACCAAGUUCUUGAUGAGAUUGGUGUUGGUGUUGCAUCUCAGUUAUCUUCAGCUCCAAAGGGUCGGAUCGCUAAUAAAACCGCAGCUCCUCCUGCAACUACUACCAACAGUUCUGAAUCAAGUGAAGUGGAUGAGCUUGAGAAGAGGUUGGCUUCACUGCGAAGAAUCUGAGAGUCAGCUUUUAUGCAUGAUGUAUGAUUUUAAAAGAAAAACAGAACAGCUUCCCUUUUUUUUUGGCUUGUGAUUUCUGUAUAAAUCUACUGAAACUUACCCGUGCAAAAUUUGUUUCUCCAAAAUCACACUUAUGUCGGUGUCAAGUCACUGACAACUUUUGUGGUACUUACUUGAGUGAGAUCCGGAUUUGCAGAUGCAUAGUUAUAGACGAUAUGAUAGUAUUUUUGUGAGGCAUACCUCUUUUAGUGAGACAACUCAAUCUAGAUUUAUGGCGCAG